AUGGAUUUCCGAAACUUAAAUUCCCUGAACGUUCGCGCGAACUUCCUCUCGGGCAAUCUGUUGCCCUUGGAAUCCGAUGACUCGCGAUAUUCAAUCAGUUGGAAAUUGUACGGUGUCCUGAUGUGGUUACUUCAAAUGGUGCAAAUGAGCGUGCUGAUUCCUGGUCUCGUCAUGGUACCGCGGGAAAAAAUUCUGAUUGAUGGCACUGUUAUCGUAGUGGUCACCAUCGAAGCGUUCUUCAUGGUAGGGCGAAUUUACGGCCACAAAGAACUGGUGGAUCAAUUUAUUCGGAAGCUGAAUGACAUCUUAUGUGUCGAAGAUAAUAACAUGAGGAGCAUUGUGAAGACGACUCUCAAACCUAUGGAGGCUCCGCUCCAAUUUUAUUGGGUGGCUGGUGGUCUGUCUGUCUUGCUAUGGUGUUGCAUACCGUUUCUGUUAGUCUCUGAAAAAAUAUCCUUCCGUUACGAGGAUUACAGAGUACCAGCGGUCUUUUCCAAGCAGCCAUUCUCGACCGAAGUCUUCCUAUUGGGCAGCAUCUUCAUACUAAUCGGCAACAUGUAUAUCUUUUUGAAAAAAGGCAGCGUAGAUAUUUACAUGAUAUAUCUUGUGAUGAUGAUAACGGCGCAAUAUCGCUAUAUCGCCAAAAAACUCGCCGCAACAUUUCGAGAUGCAAAUUUGCCAAGUGAACUGCAACAAUGUUAUCCCGAUAUAGAUCGAUGGGUUGAGAAAGAAAUAAAAGCGUUGUGUCGGCAUCACACUACUGUACUAUGUUUAUCUUCUAUACUAAAAAAAUUGCUGUCUUUGAGCUUCAGUAUGGUUUAUGUGAACAGCGUCUUACGGUUUUGUUUUAUCGGUAUUAUGUUGAGCACAGUACUAUCAACGACAUUUAUAGAAAGUUUACCGAUUGUCAUGUUUACAUGUGGUUCUGUAGUGCAGUUUUACAUAUUGUGCUCUUGCAUGCAACAAUUACAAGACGCGAACGAAUAUGAAAUUAACUGUGGUUGUUUCUACUACUGGGGUUUCUACUACUGGGGUCGUUUCAACUUUUAA